AGCAUCGUGAGGUCCUGCUCUGCGAACACGAACGGGACCCGAUCCAGACCUGAUCCAAACAGGACCCUGGACCGACAACCGGACCGUUUUACAGAACAAACAUGACCACUUCCGGUCUGAAGGCGGUGCUGCGGCCGGUCCGCGCGCUCAGAGGUGGGCUCGGGGUUAAAGGUCAGACCGUACCUAACGCAGGGUUCCAUGUGGCGGCACCGCUGGCGACCUUUGACCUGAGGAAAGUGGAGCUGACCCCCCUGGAGCACAGGAAGCUGACCUUCGACUCCCACGGCCUGGUGACAGAGCUGCAGAGCAGCGGCUUUGAGAAGCACCAGGCAGAGCUGAUGGUUUCUGCUCUGGUCACUCUGACCUCAGCCAACAUGGACAUGGUCUACAAGGACAUGGUGACCAGGUCCCACCAGGAGAUCGCGAUGCAGCAGAUCAUGACUCAUCUGGACUCCAUCAGGAAGGACAUGGUGAUCCUGGAGAAGAGCGAGUUCGCCAACCUGCGGUCUGAGAACACG